AUGGUGGACCUGUUCCUGAACCGAGUACUGGUGGAGAACAAUUGGGACCAGGAUGAACUCAACACUGAGCGAGAGAUCAUCGGGAUCCUCGAAAACCGCAUCCUGAUGCUGUUCUUCGCAUCCGCUGAGUGUGGCAACUGCCGGGACUUCCUUCCCGUUCUAAAUGACUUUUUUAAGAGACUGAAAGAUCCGGCAUUCAUUGAAUACCCCAAACUGCUCGCACUCGUCUACAUCAGCUUGGACCAGUCAAAGACGCAGCAGGACAGAUUCCUCAAAGAGCUGCACAAAAAGGUUCUGUUUUUGGCCUUUGAUGAUCCAUACAGGAGAGAACUGCAGGCCAAGUUUAAGGUGAAGGACGUACCAACAGUUGUGGUCCUUCGUCCUGACGGAUCCAUCCUCUCCAAAAAUGCUGUGCCGGACAUCUGUCGUUUAGGGUGUGACUGUUUCAGAGACUGGCAGGAAUCAGCAGAGCUCAUUGAGAGGAGCUUCAUGCUCAACGAGGAGUUCGACAACCUCAAUAUGCGAAGUGCCACUGACCCCGUGAGGAGACUCAAGUACAAGACGGAGGAAGACAAGAGGAAGACGAGAUGGUGGAAGUUAUGGGGGAAGGGCAAAGAUAGAAGUGAGGAGGAGGAGGUGGUGGAGGAGGUGAAUGAUGCAACGUGGGAUAGAAAGAGAAAAGAGGGAGCUAAAGGAAUAUGGAGGAGAAGAUGA